ACAAUUUUUGUAUUGGACCGCGUGUCCCAAUGAGGUAAGUCCGGCACCAAUCUCGGAGAUCUCGUUGAUGUCCGAUUGUUCCCGUCCAUUCUCUCAAUUAUUUCAUACUCAUUAUGAUAGAAUGCUUAGUGACGGAAUGACUACUAACCUGAUUGGUGAUAUUGUGACUCAUUCAACAGCUUGGUUAAAUCCAAUAAAUUAAAUUGUAACAAUUCUAUACUAUUCCAUGGAUUUAUCGGUUCGGACACUACUCCGGCCACAAUUGACAAUUGUUCUAUUAUGUAAUAUUUACGCAGACCCCAAAACGUCAAAAUUAUUUAAGGGGACGAAUAUCCGAUAUAGUUGAUUAAUUCAAUUUUUUACUAUCUAGUCCAGAUAUCAAUUAACUGACUAAUAUUAUAUAUACUCGAAAAAAUGGCUUCUAAUCCUCCAGGUGCUUGUUGUAUUCAAGGUUCCUUCCAUGAAGGUGAUGCUAAAGGUGAUCAUAAAACUAUCUUUGGUUUUGAUACUUAUCAAACUGGUGAAAAAAAUGGUAAUGAUAGAAUUAUUGUUAUUAUUACCGAUAUUUAUGGUCAUAAAUUUAAUAAUGUUCUUUUAAUUGCUGAUGAAUUAGCUAGACAAAAGUAUCAUGUUUUAAUUCCUGAUAUUUUAAAUGGUGAUCCAGUUCCUGCUACUCAUGGUGAUUUGAGUGAAUGGUUAGGUAAACAUGGACCUGAAGUUACUAAACCAUUGGUUGAUUCAUACUUAGCUUCAGUUAAAAAGGAAUAUUCUCCUAAAUUUUUUGGAGCAAUUGGUUACUGUUUUGGUGCUAAAUAUGUUAUUCAAAAUUUAGCUGCUGGUGGUCCACUUGAUGCCGGUGCUGCUGCUCAUCCAUCUUUUGUAACUAUUGAUGAAGUUUCUGCUAUUAAGAAACCAAUCAUUAUUUCUGCUGCUGAGGUUGAUCCUAUCUUUACUGUGGAAUUAAGACAUGAAUCUGAAAAGGAAUUAACUAAGAUUGGUGCUAGAUAUCAAAUCGAUUUAUUCUCUGGUGUUUCCCAUGGUUUCGCUGUUAGAGGUGAUAUUAAAGAUCCAGUUGUUAAGUAUGCCAAAGAAAAGGCAUUAGCUGACCAAGUUUCUUUCUUCUCUCAAUACUAAUAUAUACAGACUAUAUAUACUAUUGACUUUUAUAGUACAAUUUACAAUUGAUUAUACAUUUUCAA